AUGAUUCAUUCUCGUUUCUCCUUCCUUCUUCAAUUCUCAGCGCUGCUUGCUGCAGCUCAAGGAAAACCAAACAACACUCCACUUAUUCAAUGGACCACUUGCAGCAACGACUAUAGUAGUAAACUGCCGGCCGAUUGUGGAACGCUUCUCGUACCUCUCGAUUAUACGGAUCCUGCCUCAACCGAAACAUACGCUUUAGACCUCCUGCGAAUUCCUGCCACGGUGCAACCCGCGAAGGGGAGCAUUGUGUUCAACUUUGGAGGACCCGGUGAAGUAGGGAGAAGUACUCUGGCUGCCGAUGCGCCAGUUUUCCAAGCAUUAACUGGCGGGGAACACGACCUGAUUUCUUUCGAUCCACGUGGCACUUAUGCCAGUAACAUGCCCCUUACUUGUUUCGAUAGCGAAUUUGACCUACAAGCCUAUGCGAACGCUCAAGUUAUUCCAGACCAGGAUGACCAGGCCACCUUGGGGAAGCUCUGGGUACGAGGUGCCCUCGACGCCGCUGCCUGUGCCAAAAAGCACAAAAAGAAUGGCACUCUUAUUGGGACCGCGUUUAUUUCUAGAGACAUCAUGAGAAUUGCUGAAGCUGUUGAUGACGACGGCCUGCUGCGCUUUUGGGGAUACUCGUACGGUACUACCCUGGGAGCUACCUUGGUGUCUAUGUUCCCAGAUAAGGUCGACAAAAUCGUUUUAGACGGAGUCCAGAAUCCACAUCAGUACUACCAUGCAUUUGCUGAUGUUGAAGAAUGGGCGCAGUCAGAUGAAGUAUUUUCGGGCAUUUUCUCCAGCUGUGUCGCAUACCCGGACCAAUGCGCCCUUGCGCGAGACAACAAAACAGCAGCUGAGCUAGAGCAAAGUGUCAUGGCCCUCAUCGAACAAUUCAAAUACCAUCCAAUCGGAGUAGGACAAAUGACACUAGACAACAGCUUCCUAUAUCAAACGAUCCAAAACAGUCUUUAUUCGAUAGCAGCCUGGCAAAACACCACAAAGCUUUUGGACAUGCUUAGCAACGGGGGUAUCGAUGAGUCCUUCGUUCUCUCUAUAGCAAGCCAGACUCACCCGACGAACCAACAAAGUCUACUCGGACUGUCAUCCGUAUAUAUCGCUACGGAAGCAAUUCAUUGUGUAGACCGUGCUGCCCGUGCAGGAACUUACGAAAACUUUGUUCCGACUAUGAACGAGCUCUACGAAACGAGCAAAAUUAUGGGGCGUGGCGACGUGUCUCUUUCCAUGGCUUGUGCACAGUGGCAGCUGGAACCUAAAGAACGUUAUGAGGGAGAUUUCCAGGUCACUCCGAAGAACCCAGUUCUUUUAAUUGGAAAUUCUUAUGACGCCCAUACGCCUAUCCGGUCCGCUCGCAAUGUCAGCGCAGGGUUUGAGGGCAGUGUAGUGCUUGAGGUGAAUGGAUAUGGCCAUUCCUCUCUAGGCCUUCCUUCGAAAUGUACUCUGGCGACCACGGCAAGUUACUGGGUCAAUGGUACUCUCCCCGAACCAGGCACUGUCUGUCAAGUUGAAGCUCGACCUUUCGCCAACAUCACCUGGAAAGAUGUCAUCGAAAAUGCCUCUAAGAAUUAA